AUGAACGCGGAGCUGCCGCUGGAGCCGCUGGGCCCCGACGGCCCCAUCCUGGGCGGCGGCUCCGGCUCCGGCUGCGGCUCCGUUCCGGUGCGGUCUCUCCCGCCGGGGCUGUGCUCGCUGCCGAGCGGCUCCGAGCCGGGCCUCGGCCUCCCCCCGGGGGCCUCCUACGCGGCGCUGCUGCCGCCGGCCAAGCUCCGGCCCCCGCCGCCCGCCCCGAGCCUCGCCGCCGCCUUCGGCCUCUCCGCGCCCCGCAGGGAGGCGGCGCUGGGGCCGGUGGCCGGGGCCCGGCGGGGCCUCGCCUCGGAGCCGCCGCUGCUGAGCGGGGCCGGGUCCGGGGCACCGGAGGAGCUGAACACGCGGGAGGUGGCCGGGCGGGUGGCGGCCGAGCUGAAGCGCUGCAGCAUCCCGCAGGCCGUGUUCGCGCAGCGGGUGCUCCGCCGCUCGCAGGGAACCCUCUCCGACCUGCUCCGGAACCCCAGGCCCUGGAGCAAGCUCAAAGCCGGCCGCGAAACCUUCCGCAGGAUGUGGAAGUGGCUGCAGGAGCCCGAGGGACAGCGGGUGGCGGCGCUGAGGCUCGCAGCCUGCAGGCGCAAGGAGCGGGCGGGCGGCGCCGUGCCCAAGCGCUCGCGCUUGGUCUUCACGGAGCUGCAGCGGCGCACGCUGGGCGCCGUCUUCCGGCAGAACCGGCGCCCUUCCAAGGAGCUGCAGGCCUCCAUCUCCCGCCAGCUGGGGCUGGGGCUCCCCACCGUCACCAACUUCUUCAUGAACGCCCGGCGCCGCAGCCGCGAGCAGCGGCACGAGGAGCUUGCCGCCGCGGCCCCCGCGCCCUGCGGCAGGGCCUGA